GUGUUCAUGAGGGUACAUAGAGGCAAAGUUUAGACAGUUCAGUAAUGUCUAGCCACAAUAACGGGUAGAAACUAAAGUGUAUUACAGUUUGGUGCAGCUUGAAACAAGCCGUUUUUGCAGAGGAGUCAUGGACGAAGUGACAGGUGCUGAGCUGAUUGCUGAGUCUCUUAAGACUCAGAAAGUGGAGUACCUAUUUGGGAUAGUUGGUGUUCCUGUCAUUGAGGUGGCAAUGGCUGCUCAGGCUGCUGGGAUAAAAUAUGUAGGAAUGCGCAAUGAACAAGCGGCGUGCUAUGCAGCUUCAGCCAUUGGAUACAUUACAGGGAGACCAGGUGCCUGCCUGGUGGUGUCUGGUCCUGGACUCAUUCAUGCUCUGGGUGGGAUGGCCAAUGCUAAUAUGAACUGCUGGCCUGUGGUUGUUAUUGGAGGGUCUUCAGAUCGAAACCAGGAAACGGCAGGAGCUUUUCAGGAGUUCCCUCAAGUGGAGGCAUGUCGCCUGUACAGCAAGUUUUCUGCAAGACCCAGCAAUUUAGAAGCCAUCCCAUCAGUCAUAGAGAAGGCAGUCCGAACAAGCAUAUAUGGUCGUCCAGGUGCUGUAUACGUUGACGUUGCAGGAGACAUGGUCAAUGCUAAAGUGGAUAGGAGCAAAGUCAGAAAAGUCUCCUGCUGUCCACCUCCACCAGUGAGUUUCGCUGACCACAGUGCUGUCAGAGAGGCCAUCUCUGUCUUAAAAGCAGCCAAGGCGCCUUUAGUCAUCAUUGGAAAAGGAGCGGCGUAUAGCAGAGCAGAGACCAUGCUGCGGGAGUUUGUGGAAAUGAGCGGCCUGCCGUUCCUCCCCACCCCCAUGGGAAAGGGUGUCCUACCUGAUGAUCACUCUAACUGUGUGGCUGCUGCCCGCUCAAGAGCUCUUCUCCAGGCUGAUGUCAUCCUUCUGCUUGGAGCCAGACUAAACUGGAUGCUGCACUUCGGUCUGCCACCAAGAUUUAACCCUGAUGUUAAGAUCAUCCAGGUGGAUCUUUGUGCCGAGGAGAUGGGUAACAAUGUGAGGCCAGCUGUUGCACUCCUGGGGGACAUCAGUGCUAUUGUCUCUCAGCUCUUAAUGUGUAUCCGCAAAGACGGCUGGAAAUAUCUGUGUAAUACAGAGUGGUGGAGCACACUGAAGAAUAAGAUUGCUGCGAAUGCAAAAAUAUCACAGUCACUUGCUCUUAAGGUAGCAUUGCCCAUGAACUACUACACAGUGUUUCAUCACAUUUCCCAGCUGCUGCCACGGGACUGCAUCAUUGUCAGCGAAGGUGCAAACACCAUGGACAUUGGACGCACUAUGCUAAAUAACUACCUACCUCGACACAGGUUGGAUGCAGGAACCUUUGGAACAAUGGGAGUGGGCCUCGGGUUUGCUAUAGCAGCAGCUGCUGUGGAGAGAAAAGACAGAAGAGUUGUCUGCAUUGAAGGAGACAGUGCUUUUGGAUUUUCUGGUAUGGAGGUUGAGACCAUGUGCAGGUAUAAUUUACCUGUGGUCAUUAUUGUGGUGAAUAAUAAUGGCAUAUACAGCGGGGUAAGCCCUGAUGUAUGGAAAGAAAUGGCAAAAAUGGGAGAUCUGACUUCUGUAGUCCCACCUGUGUCUCUCCUACCCGAGGCACGGUAUGAUGAGGUCAUGACAGCGUUUGGAGGUCGAGGCUUGCUGGUGAGGACGGUGGAGGAGCUUCGCAGUGCCUUACAGCUCAGCCUGAGCGACUGGGAGAGACCAAGUCUGCUCAAUGUACUUAUUGACCCCUCAUCAGACAGAAAACAGCAGGAGUUUCCUUGGCUCACACGCUCCAACCUCUAGACAUCAAUCGUCAUCAAAGCAUUAUCAGAGCAGCUGUGAGGUUUUUCUUCAGGAAACUACAUGGAGAAUAUGAAGCUGCUUUUUUGUGAUUUUUUUCUAUGAAAUACCUAAAAUUGUUGUGAUUGUUACUACAUGCUAGUAUAACCACAUAAUACCAGAGAAAAAUCUUUGUAAUACAAUUAUCUCAUGGCUGUUUUUUUUUAUGAUAAAUCAGUCAUUUCUCUCUCUUAAAAAGGCUAUAACUAUGAAUGACUUGGUGAUUAUCAUUUUGAUUAACUGAUCAAUAAAAUGAUAAUAAAAUUAAAUACGCUAACAUUUUAUUAAAGCUCAGUUCUUAAUGUCUUGUUUGUCCUAAUAUGUCAGACAGAAAAGGCAUUCUUUAAAGAAAAUAUAAAAACAUACAAGACAGAAAAUCAGUAUUUAAUUACCCAGAGCUGAAGACUUUGCUUGUUAAACUGGUAUCUUUGUAAUCUACAAAGUUAAUAAGUAAAUAACUAAAUAAAUAAGUUAA